UUUUUUUUUUUUUUUGUCUAUAAGAAACUGUUUUUUGUUUUGUUUUUGAGGAGAAAAUCACCCAAAAUUUAAUACUGAUCUUUCCGCAUUGGGAAGGUUAGUUUUGGAUAUGUCCUGGAAGACCCUCCAUAGACAGAACAGGCCUGCAGGAAAGGCCAACAGCGGAGGUGCUGUACGUGGCGGCAGAGUGCUCUGCGAAAUGGCCCAGUCUGUCCCUUCCUUUCUCACUGCCUUAGAGGCGGCCCGCAGACUCCCAAGCUGGAACAAGUCGGGGAAGCUGUGCGCCUGCGCAGUUCAGCCAACGCGCUCUCCAGAGUCUGCUGCCGGAAGUCUGACCUUUGGCUCUCGCUGCACAUUCCCUUCCGGGGUCACGCUGAACUUCCGGGUAUCUCUGACAGGGUUGUCUACGCCGCCUUUUCGGCGAUUUUUUAGUCUUCCGCCUUUUUUUUUUUUCCCCUUUCUUUUUGUUGUCGAUACCCCCAACUUAACACGCCCGCGCGGGCCUGGCCUUGGGCUCGCGACUUUCCGCCGCCCUGCCGGGUCCUAGGUUGCCCGCCCGAGCUGGGCCUCGCUGUGCCGCGGGCUGCUCCUACCUCUGCCUGCUCGGGCGGCAGCUCGGGCCUGGGAGCGUGUUGGCGGGCAGUGCCCCUGGGCCCUGCUCGGCCCUUCGGCGUGGACGCCGACCGAAAGAGUAAGACUGUCUUGAUACUCCCUCCUGGAGUUCCAAAAGGCAGUGGAGACCUAAGGUAGAAGAAUACAUGUUUACCUUUAGUGAACAAGAGCAUGUUCCCAAACUCAAUUUUGGGUCGUCCACCCUUCACUCCAACCCACCAACAGCAUAACAACUUCUUUGCUCUCUCACCAACUCUUUAUUCACACCAGCAACUUAUAGAUGCACAAUUCAACUUUCAAAAUGUAGACUUGUCUAGAGCUGUGUCCUUACAGCCCCUGACAUACGGAACUGUUAGUCCAAUACAGACCUCAACAUCCCCAUUAUUUCGAGGAAGGAAGAGAAUAAGCGAUGAAAAAGCCUUUCGUCUUGAUGGUAAACGGCAGCGUUUCCAUUCACCCCACCAAGAGCCAACUAUAAUCAACCAGCUAGUGCCUUUGUCAGGUGACCGAAGAUACUCCAUGCCACCGUUGUUUCAUACACACUAUGUACCAGAGAUAGUCAGAUGUGUUCCACCUCUUCGAGAAAUUCCACUGUUAGAACCUAGAGAAAUCACACUGCCUGAGGCCAAAGAUAAGCUGAGUCAGCAGAUACUAGAGUUGUUUGAAACUUGUCAACAGCAAGCAAGUGACUUGAAGAAGAAAGAACUCUGUAGAGCACAGCUGCAGAGAGAGAUCCAGCUGCUCUUCCCACGUACGUGUGCCUUCUCUGCAUGCCUUUGCUGUCUGUUUGCACCUGCAGAUGUCUUACUGUCUUCUUCUGCUUCCUUAGAAAGCAGACUCUUUUUGGUUGGAUCGUCUUUAAAUGGAUUUGGUGCCCGAAGCAGCGAUGGCGAUUUAUGCUUAGUUGUUAAAGAAGAACCAUGUUUUUUCCAGGUAAAUCAGAAGACUGAAGCACGACAUAUCCUCACCUUAGUCCAUAAGCACUUCUGUACUAGACUUUCUGGCUAUAUUGAGAGACCUCAGCUGAUUCGUGCAAAAGUGCCAAUUGUGAAGUUCAGGGAUAAAGUCAGUUGUGUGGAAUUCGACUUAAAUGUAAACAAUACCGUUGGAAUUAGAAACACAUUCCUUCUCAGAACUUAUGCAUACCUUGAAAAUCGAGUUCGUCCAUUAGUCCUGGUGAUUAAGAAGUGGGCAAGUCAUCACGAGAUAAAUGAUGCCAGUCGAGGCACUUUAAGCAGCUAUAGUCUUGUAUUGAUGGUUUUGCACUAUUUACAAACCCUACCUGAACCCAUCCUUCCAUCCCUCCAAAAAAUUUACCCAGAAUCUUUUAGUACUUCUGUACAGCUGCACCUUGUUCAUCAUGCCCCAUGUAAUGUUCCUCCUUACCUCUCAAAGAAUGAAUCCAGUCUUGGGGACCUCUUACUGGGCUUUCUUAAAUACUAUGCUACAGAAUUUGACUGGAAUACUCAGAUGAUUUCAGUCCGUGAGGCCAAAGCCAUCCCAAGGCCAGAUGAUAUGGAAUGGAGAAAUAAAUACAUCUGUGUUGAAGAACCUUUUGAUGGAACUAAUACCGCCAGAGCUGUGCAUGAGAAGCAGAAGUUUGAUAUGAUCAAGGAUCAAUUUCUAAAGUCAUGGCAGAGAUUGAAAAACAAGAGAGAUCUGAACAGUGUUCUACCUUUGAGAGCUGCUACCCUGAAAAGAUAACUGGUCUCUAAUUCUAAAAUUCUUCCAAGAAAUAAAGAACAAUACAUACGUCAUAAUUCAUUUGCUUACCUCCAUCAUGGUUUUUUUAAUGGUCUUGUUUUCAUGUUUUAUUUUUAAAAGGACAUACUUAUAUAAAGAUUGCAUAUUUUAUUAUGACAUUUCCUAAUAAACUCUUUGAUUUAAAAAUGUAUUUUUGAAAAUGUUUACAUCAAUGAUUAGUAGUAUUAUGGCAUGACUUUUCAGCAUAAAAUAUAUUUUGAGAAAUUACCUGAACUAAUAAGGUUUUGAUAUAUUCUCAAGUACUUGUACCACAUGCUUAUACUGAAGAACUCUGUGGAGUUUUGCAAAGGACCUAAGUAAUACAUACUUAGUGUGCCUGGCUGUAGACAGUAGUCCAGCUCAGCUCUAGUCAAGCCAAGAUUCAAGUCAGCUAUUCAGUUACUUGAAGCAAGCGAAAUCUUUCAUUCAGUGAAAUCACUGUGGAGUCUUGAAAUACUGGACAAUUGCCUUAAGUCUUCACUUGACUGACCGCUGGGACAGACUGUCUGAGGUGUGUCUAUAUUAGUGUGUUUUCAGCACUUCACACCUUCUUUAUAGACUCUGAAGGCUGUCUUAGAGUUUGUGUUGAAACAAUACAUUUUGCACUGUUGUAAUGGGAACACUAACAACAGUUAGUGACUUGUUUAUGGACUGUUUGAAAGUCUCUGACUUAAAUAUUUUGGAAAAAAUGUAGUUUCUUAUGUUUUCUGAGAGCACAGUGAAUUGUGCACUGUUGCUUCACCUCCGUUUUCCUGGUUUUAUUUUCCUCAUGAUAGGAAACAGAAAACUGAAACAUCGAAGCUAAGGUUAUUUGUGGAAUCCAAUGUCUGUAGAUUAUAAUCUAAACUGGAAUUUUUAGGCAGUAAGCCACUACAAAGUGUUUUAGAUAAGACAAUAAAGUUAUAAAUAAAAGUUUAAUGUUUUUACAAAAAUCUUUUUUAGUAUUUCUUUUCCACAGGAAAGCAGUAGUUCAGAUCAAGCUAUGCUGUUUAAUAAAUUGUUGUUAGUUUAUGUAAAUACUUGUAAAUUGGUCAAUACCUGUAUUGUACAGUUAAAUAUAAAAAGUAAUCUUGAAGGCGGUUUUAACUUUUUCAAAGAUUGCAAACUUCUUGUAGGCCUACAGGGGUACAGUUUGUACCACUAAACUAUUUUUUGCAGACCAAUUAAAAAACUAAAACUUUCUCUUUGACUUACAAAGGGUGCAUAUUUUCCUUUUUCUUUUUAAGUUUAAAUUUUCGUAUGCUGUCAAUGGAAUAAAGUUUAUAUCUGGAA